AUGUGGGCUGAUAUUCAGUAUGCUGAUGCCCUGCUGAUUCGUGAUGGUGGCCAAGAGGCGCCCUUCAAUGCUACGCACUUCAACACUGCGAUGGAUGCUGACAGGGUUGAAAGGAAAGCUUACAAAUGUGGCCAGAAUUGGUGGCGUCACAAUCUUACAUGGUCUGCAUGCCCUGGGGCAGCUCAGCUAUACUUUUUGUUGGGGUUUCAACUUCACACAUCAAAGUAUCAGUGUUUUUUGGUCAGAAGUCUUGACAUGCAAUCAAAUGCACAUUUUUUGAUGGCUUGUGCUUGCUAA